AUGCGUGCACCUACAAUAUUCGCUGCCUUCACCUGUGUCCUUGGUAUCUACUCCGUUAGAGGUGCCAGCAACGACUUUGCUAAGCCCCUCGAAAAUUUGGAACAAUCCGAACUCAUCCCUGAUGUGUUCCCACCAUCCUAUAAACCCACGGUUUUCCUUAAUGUGACGUACAAUGGCGAGAUGCUCAACAAAGGAAACUUCUUCACUGAGGAAGAAACUGCCAAAGAGCCUACUGUCAUAUACAAGGCUGAUUCAUCCAAGUUCUACACUCUAGCUUUCAUUGAAGCUGGUGACUCAACAAUUCCCAACCGCUCGAAAGACUUGACGCACAACUGGCUUGUUGUCAACAUCCCGGGUAGCGAUAUUGCCAAGGGCAGUUCGACUGGCACACCAUAUAUUGGUGUAAAAAGCCCAAAGUGUGGGAUGACACGCUAUUUCUACGCACUUGCCGAGCAGCCUAAGGAGAUCCCUAACCUUACUGUCUCUGCUUCGCGUGACAAGUUCGAUCUGAUGGGCUAUUUCAACAGCAACAAAAUGACGUUGGUUGGUGUCAGCUAUGACUUUGUGUCGCCUCUCCUAAGAAAUCUGGAGUCAAACAAAAUCAUCCCUGACGUGUUCCCGUCCACCUUUGAACCCAAGAUCUUCCUUAAUGUGACCUACAACCAUAUGGUCAACAGGGGAAACGUCUUUACGUCGGCUGAAACCGCCAAAGAGCCUACCGUCGUGUAUGAGGCCGACUCGUCCAAGUUCUACACUCUGGCUUUCAUUGAUGCUGGCGACUCAACAAUUCCCAACCGCUCGAAAGACUUGACGCGCAACUGGCUUGUUGUCAACAUCCCGGGUAGCGAUAUUGCCAAGGGCAGUUCGACUGACACUCCUUAUAUGGGCGCUAAAGACCCUGAUUGCGGUAUGGCGCGUUAUGUUUAUGCACUUGCUGAGCAGCCUAAGGAGAUCCCUAACCUUACUGUCUCUGCUUCGCGUGACAAGUUCAACCUGAUGAACUAUCUUUCUGACAACAAGAUGACACUGGUUGGCGCGAACUUUUUUGUGGCUGUAUCCGAUAAUGGCGAGCUUUGCCCCGGUGCCGUCAUUCCGUCAGAUACUGAGGAUUCUGCUGAUGAGCCAUCGGAGAAGUUGUCUGAGAAGUCGUCGGAGAAGUCGUCGGAGAAAUCAUCGGGGAAAUCGUCUGCAGAGCUAGGCUCGAUUAACUCACUCGGCUCGGCUGAGUCCUCCGCCCACUCUGCUUCAACCGGUAGUUCGUCAUCUGGUGCCAAGGCUACCCAGUCAAACGGUGUCUCUGGCAGCAGCCCUGCCGGACAUGCUCUCCCUCUAGCUGUUGCUUUUGCCGUGGCUGCUGUUGGCGCAUCGAACUACUUUUAAUGACACUACUCAUGUUCCUUUUUGAUGGCUCACUUCAAUUCAUCACUGUGCCGUGAGUUCACAUUUACACCAGUACCUCACUGUUAGGCGGUCUACAUGCCAGGACUGAUGUUGACCGAUAUUAAUGGCACCACUUCGGAUUCCCAUGCAAAUAUGCUAAUCCAGCUCUAGCAUGGUGAUCAGAGUAGCCUAGAAUUCUUUAGCUGUCGUUCUUGGCAAUAUUUCAUAGACCCCUCUAAAUCAC